UUCUGAAUCCUCACAUUCAAAGCACCAGAUUGUGGUUGGAAACUCCUGCCAUGAUCAUAUCUAACACAACAUAAAAUUGUACUAUAACAUAUCAAAAUUUUUAAAAAUAUGAUACAAAUAUUUUAAAAUAUUUGUUUAAUACUUUGAUAUGUUUUAAGUAAUAAAAGCUCUAUUCUAAAAGUUGGUGAUUAAUCCGAUUAAUCCGUGUUCCGUAACUUGUCGAAUUGAUUAAAUUUCUGAUUAAUCCCCGGUCAAUAUAAUUAAUUUCUAAUUAGUCCUUGUUCCGUGACUUCAUUGAUUAAAUCCGAUUCCCGCUUUUUACAAUACUGAAUCAAAGGCAUUACUGUUCUUACAUGGAAGUAGUACUAAUGUCUCUUUAAUUCUACUAGUCAUCGCCCAAGUCAACCAACGUACAUGAAAUGGCCAAGUCCUCCACGGCUCCACUGAGAAUUUUCAAUAACAUUCUUGCUAUGAAGUUAACAAGAUUAUUGCAGAUCAAUAAAGUAAUGAAAAUACCUCUUCAAGUAGCUGCAGAGAAAAAAGGCAGAUGAAAUUUAGCAUACCAUUUCUGUACCUUGCUAUAAAUGUCAUCGGUAUAACGUUUGGACAGCCGCCAGAUUUUAUCUACUACUCUUGUGGCAGUGACGCAGGUGACAGUACUUACAUGACUAACCUCAACAAUGUUCUUGAUUCGAUCUCCUCCAAUUUUGUUACAUCAAGAUUUUACAACUUCUCUUCUGGACAAAAUCUGAAGAUUGCACAUGGGAUCGGCCUCUGUGAGGGCAAUUUAGAAUCAGACACGUGUCGUUCAUGUCUGGCUAACUCGGCCAUGAAACUAAGACAGCUCUGCUCUAAUCGUAAAGAGGCUGUUGGAUGGUAUGAAAAAUGUAUGCUGAGGUACUCUAAUAACUCAAUAAUUCAUAUUCCAGAGAACAAACCAGAUUAUUGUUUACGUAGCGCAGUUGCAAAUUCUGGGGAUCACAGUCAAUUUAACAGUGCAGUGGAAGAUCAUAUGGCAAUUCUGCGAGAACAAGCAGCUAGAAGUAGUUCAAAAUUUGCUAACGACAGCAUGACUUUUGCAGACAAUGUAAAGAUAUAUGGGCUGGUGCAGUGUACUCCGGAUUUGACAGUGCAACAAUGCAAUGAAUGUUUGGACAAUGUUUUAGGAGUUGUUUCCAGAUGUUUACAAGGGAAUUUUAGUGGAAAAGCUGCAACACCUAGCUGCAACAUUAGAUAUGAGACUGCAGUUGCUUCGCCACAUAACUCAGGGAUAAAUAUAAUAAAGAUAAUUGCAGUCACUGCAGCGUCUUUAGCAGGAGCUUCACUUGUAGGAGGAUUUUGUUGUGUUUAUUGUCGACGAAGAAAGUUAAGAGAGGGCCGAGAGGCCAAAGAAAUGAGAGAGAAUUACCAAGACAUCCAGCUACUUGAUUUGACUGGAGAGACGCUGGCCGAUGAACAAGAUGUCCCUUUCAUCCCGCUAGCUGUUAUACGUGCAGCUACUCAAGAAUUCGCUCAGGAAAACAAGCUUGGACAAGGGGGAUUUGGUCCAGUGUACAAGGGAACAUUGCUUGAUGGGAAGGAAAUUGCAGUAAAGAGACUUUCCAGGAAUUCUGGUCAAGGAAUAAAAGAGUUUAAGACAGAAGUCAGUUUGAUUGCUAAGUUACAGCACAAGAAUCUUGUCAGACUAUUGGGCUGCUGCAUGGAGGGGAAAGAAAUGCUUCUUGUCUAUGAUUACAUGCCCAAUGGAAGCUUGGAAGCAACCCUCUUCGAUUCAGUUAGCGAGGCACGCCUAGAUUGGAAGAUGCGACACAGAAUCAUCAAAGGGAUUGCUAGAGGCUUGCUGUAUUUACAUGAGGAUUCUCGUCUUAAGAUCAUUCACAGAGAUCUCAAAUGUAGUAACGUUCUGCUUGAUAACGAAUUGAACCCAAAGAUAUCCGACUUUGGCAUGGCAAGAAUGUUUAAUACCAAUCAAAGUGAAGCUAUCACAAGAAGAGUGGUGGGAACAUUCGGGUACAUGGCUCCUGAGUAUGCUAUGCAAGGAACAAUUUCAGUAAAAUCAGAUGUAUUCAGUUUUGGAGUCUUACUUCUGGAAAUAAUUAGUGGAAAGAAGACGAGCCGCUUUCAUCUAUCGGAACAUGGUCAAAGCCUCCUCACUUUCGCAUGGAAAUUAUGGAGCAAUAACCAUGAGCUGGAGCUGAUGGACCCAUUAUUAGAGGAAACAUACGUGGAAAACGAUGUGUUGAGGUGCAUUCAUAUCGCUUUGUUAUGCGUCCAAGAAGAUCCUGCAUAUAGACCUACAAUGUCAGAAGUAGUUUUUAUGCUGGAAAAUGACAUUGUGCAGCUUCCUGAAGCCACAGAGCCUGCAUUCUUUCUGGGACGACGAACUACUCAACCUGCUCCUCUCCGAAUCGUCCCUAAAGAUGUUGGUUCAUCUAUCAAUGAGAUCACUUUCUCAGCUCUCUCUCCUAGGUGAUGUUAGGAAUUGUCCCACAUUCGCUCUGGGAGGAGCAGAUAGCUAGAUUAUAAGCAGUCAGAUAACUCCACUAGUCCACUAGAAUAAGGUCUUUUG